CAGAAAGCAGGAGCCGCUGUUAACACAGCCCGUCCACACCGAACUGGAAUUACAAGCGCGUUUAAUAACCUCCGAACUGGACGAAACUUAAAAAAAAAAACAAACAAACAAAAAAAACUGGUCUAGCAAAAUCUAACUGGAGGAAAGUUCAAGAAUUAAUUGUUCAUCCUGUAAAAAAAAAAAAAAAUUUGGAACAAGACUUCUUACAUUCCAAGAUGUUCAGCUUAAUGAAAAAGGACAAAGAGAAAGAUGGUGGGAGGAAGGAUAAGAAAGACAAGAAGGACAAGAAGGAGAGGAUGUCGGCGGCGGAGCUGAAGAGCUUGGACGAGAUGAGCAUGCGGAGGGGCUUCUUCAACCUGAACCGAGGCUCCAAGAGGGACUCCCGGAGCAAGAUGGAGAUCUCCAACCCCAUCCCCAUCAAGGUGGCAAGCAGCACGGAGCUCUGCCUCACCGACAUCGACUCGGACAGCGUGAGCCACCGGAGCAGUCUGGUCCUGGACUCAGGGCAGCUCAGUACGGCCAGCUCCAGCGACGACCUCAAAACCGACCAGGAAGGAGGAGGAGGAGGGGGCCGAGGGGGCUCCGUGCUCCAGCGGGCUGCCAAGUUCGGCUCGCUGGCCAAGCAGAACUCCCAGGUGGGCCAGAUCAUCAAGCGGUUCUCCUUCUCCCAGAAGAGCAAGGACGAGAGCCCGUCGGAAACCUCCUCCACGCCCUCGGAGCAGAACUCCGCCGCUCCGUCCCCGCAGGUGGAGGCGAAGCAGGGUUUCCAGCUCAUGCAAGCCCCUGCCCGUCCCAACAGGGCUGCGCCCGGCAGCGGGGUGCGCAUCCCGGAGCUGGUGGAUAAAACCUUCCCUGCGGACCUGAGGCUGCCCGCCGUUGUCCCAGCCCAGGCCCCUGAGCCGCGGGAGCUGGAGCUGCAGAGGAGGAACACGGGCGACUUUGGCUUCUCCCUGCGCAGGACGAUGAUGCUGGACCGGGGGGCAGAUGGGCAUGUUUACCGCAGGGUGGUCCAUUUCGCCGAGCCCGGAGCCGGCACGAAAGACUUGGCGCUGGGGCUGGUGCCAGGGGACCGGCUGGUGGAGAUUAACGGCAAGAACGUGGAGAAUAAGAGCCGGGACGAGAUCGUGGAGAUGAUCCGGCAGUCUGGAGACACAGUGCGGCUGAAAGUGCAGCCCAUUCUGGAGCUGAGUGAGCUGAGUCGCUGCUGGCUGAGGAUCAGAGAGGGAAUCCGCAAAGAGGCUUUCGACCUGGAGCCUGUGGCUUGUGCCUCUGCCCACACUCAGGGUAUGGUGGAUGAGAUCCCAGCAACAGCUCUACAGGCCCCCUCUGCAGCUUCUACUACUGCUCAGCACCAGGUGAAGACGGAGGAAGAGAUUGCAGCAGAGCAGGAAUGGUAUGGCACAGACAAGGUGUGGCUGGUCCACAAGGACGGGUUCUCUCUAGCGACUCUGCUGAAGGCGGAGAACCACAGUCUUCCUGAAGGAAAGGUGAAGAUUAAACUGGAACAUGACGGGACAGUACUGGAUGUGGACGAGGACGAUGUGGAGAAGGCUAAUCCCCCAGCCUUCGAUCGCGUGGAGGACCUGGCGUCCCUGCAGUAUCUCAACGAGUCGAGCGUGUUGCACUCCCUGCGGCAGCGCUACGGAGGGAACCUGCUCCACACCUACGCCGGGCCCAGCAUGGUCAUCGUCAACCCCCUGAGCGCCCCCUCCAUGUACUCCGAGAAGGUGAUGCACAUGUUUAAAGGCUGCCGGCGGGAGGAUUCGUCCCCUCACAUCUACGCUGUGGCCCAGGCUGCUUACCGCAACCUGCUGACCACCCGGCAGGACCAGUCCAUCAUCCUGUUGGGCAAGAGCGGCAGCGGCAAGACCACCAACAGCCAGCACCUGGUGCAGUACCUGGUGUCCAUCGCCGGCAGCACCGGCAAGAUCUUCUCCGCUGAGAAGUGGCAGGCAGUGUACACGAUCCUGGAGGCAUUUGGGAACAGCGCUACAGGGAUGAACAGCAAUGCCAGCCGAUUCUCUCAGAUCGUCUCGUUGGACUUCGACCAGGCUGGGCAGGUGGCCUCAGCGUCUCUGCAGACCAUGCUGUUGGAGAAGCUGCGUGUGACGAGGCGUCCUGAUGCCGAGGCCUCCUUCAAUGUGUUUUACUACAUGAUGGCCGGGGCUGACAGCACGCUCAGAACGGAGCUCCACUUUAACCACUUUGCAGAGAACAGCGCUUUCGGAAUCGCACCGCUGUCAAAGCCUGAUGAGAAACAGAAGGCAUCCCAGCAAUUCACAAAGCUGCAAGCUGCAAUGAAAGUGCUGGGGAUUGCAUCAGAAGAGCAGAGGGCCUUUUGGCUGGUCCUAGGAGCCAUCUACCACUUGGGAGCAGCUGGCGCUACCAAAGAAGCGGAUGAAGCUGGAAGGAGGCAGUUUGCCCGUCACGAAUGGGCGCAGAAGGCGGCUUAUCUGCUGGGCUCCACUCUGGAGGCGCUGUCCUCGGCCAUCUUCAAACACCAGCCCAAAGGAACACUCCAGAGAUCCAACUCCUUCCGCCAGGGGCCUGACGACAUGGGUCAGGGAGACGGCUCAGGACCCAAAGUUACGGCUCUGGAGUGUUUGGAAGCCAUGGCGUCGGGACUCUAUUCAGAACUCUUCACUCUGCUGAUCUCUCUCAUUAACAGAGCCUUGAAGUCCAGCCAGCACUCUCUGUGCUCCAUAAUGGUGGUGGACACGCCGGGAUUCCAGAACCCUCGCACCGCCCGGCAGGACCGCGGCGCCACCUUCGAGGAGCUGUGCCACAACUACACCCAGGAGCGGCUGCAGACGCUGUUCCACGAGCGCACGUUCGUUCAGGAGCUCGAGCGAUACAAGGAGGAAAACAUAGAGCUUGCAUUAGAUGACCUGGAGUCCAGCACAUCCCUGUCUGUAGCUGCAGUAGAUCAAGCCUCGCACCAAGCUCUGGUACGGAGCCUGGCCCGGAAUGACGAAGCCCGGGGGCUGCUGUGGCUGAUGGAGGAGGAAGCGCUGCAGCCAGGGGGCAGUGAGGAGACCCUCCUGGACAGGCUCUUCACGUACUACGGACCUCACGAGGGGGGCGAUAAGAAAGGCCAGAACCCGUUGCUGAAGAGUGACAAGCCGCAUCACUUCCUGUUGGGGCACAGCCACGCCACGGACUGGGUGGAGUACGAUGCCCGGGGCUGGCUGUCCCACGCCAAGCAGAACCCCGCCUCCCAGAACGCGGUCGCUCUGCUGCAGGACUCGCAGAAGAAGAACAUCAGCUGCCUGUUCAUGGGGCGCUCCGGCUCCGCGACCGUCCUGUCGGGCUCCAUCGCGGGGCUGGAGGGCAGCUCUCAGCUUGUCCUGAGAAGAGCCACCAGCAUGAGGAAGACCUUCACCACCGGAGUGGCGGCUGUCAAGAAGAAGAGCCUCUGCAUCCAGAUCAAACUGCAAGUGGAUGCCCUGAUCGACACGGUGAAGAAGUCCAAGCUCCACUUUGUGCACUGCUUGCUUCCGAAGGCGGACGCCCUCAGUUCGGAUGUGCGGCUCUCCUCCGGUGGCCCGUCACCCAAGGCUGGCGAGGGCGAGCCCCACGGAGAGAACUGCGACUCCGGACUGAUGCAGCUGGACGUUGGCCUCCUCCGGGCUCAGCUCCGCGGCUCCAAGCUCCUCGACGCGCUCCAGAUAUACCGCCAAGGUUACCCCGAUCACAUGGUGUUUUCUGAGUUCCGCCGCAGGUUCGACGUCUUGGCUCCACACCUCACAAAGAAACACGGGCGCAAUUACAUCGUCACUGAUGAGAAACGGGCUGCUGAAGAGCUUCUGGAGUCCCUGGACUUGGAGAACAGCAGUUAUCACAUGGGGCUGAGCAGGGUGAGCACGAGCAGGGGAGGCAUCGUUCAUCCUGGAACAGUAAAGCACGCAGACCACCAACUGGCUCCAAUGACUUUAUCAGAGCAGGCUUUCCAUACAGCUGCAGCUACAGGUCCAGCCGAGUCAGAUCUGUCUGUCUUCCACAACCACCUGCAGUAA